GGAAGCAUGAAUUGAGUUGUAAACAAACCUCUCGCUGUUAAUCUGUCCUCUGCCGUUCCUCCCUAUCCUCGCCUCGUCUUUCUCUCUUCCUUCCUUGAUUCCUGCCGGUAGCCUAACAGAUUGGUAUCAGAUUCAUAUUCCGAUCCUGGAGUUUCCCCACCACCAUUACACCAGAUUCCAGAAGAAAGCAAGAGCCAUGGACCCGAACACCAAACUCAUCCUCGACGAGAUGAACAAGCGCUUCACCGAGCUCGAUUUGAAGUGGGAGCAGCGCUUCAAUGAGGUGGAUUCCAAGCGCGAUGCUCGCAUCUCCGUCUUGGAGGAUGCGGUGGCAGCCAUCGACGCCUGGAAGCCACGCACCGAUGCAGCGACCGCGGGGCUCUGCGAUUGGAGGCCGUGGCUUGAAGCUUCCGUCGAAGAUCUGAAGCUCGAAGUGCACAAGCUCCACAAGGCUUGGGACCGCGUCGCCAUGGAUCGUUCCGGAUCUGAUCCGGGUAUCCUGGAGAAACCAUUGUCGGCGUCCGUGCCCCCACCUGCCGGAUUCAGCGCCGACGGCCCUGAUGGGCACCGCGUUGUUUCUCACCACCGGGAUCUUGAGUUGGGGCAGGUUUUCACCCAUACUCAUAUCCCGGUCAAGGAAGCUUAAUCUGUAAGGCCUUCUGCAGUUGGCAGUAUCACGGAAUUCCUUUUACAGGCUGUGACCAUAUUUUCAAUCCUUCAGUCCUUUUCGAAAUUCACAUUCCGAUUUGCAUUCAUGGUGCAAUGUUUGCCUCUUCCUUCAAUUCCUGAGACACGCAGGAUGGCUGGGCUACCAACUGGACAAAUUGUGGCAGUUUCAAGUGGGCACCACGUUCCCAAGGUGUUCAGAAAUAUUCAGUGAUACGAAGUGGGUCAUCCCUACAAUCUAUUUAGUUGCCUAACUUUAUGAACUCAUGAUAAUGUGCUUUCUGGGUCUCAUACGAUGUGUAAAUGCUGCAGUAAGGUUAUAUGUUCCAAUUGUCCCCUUUUCUGUUUCUGGAGUCAGUCAUUUUCUGUACUGAAAUAUCUUUUUCGAAGCAUUACUAGCGAGUGAUACUCUCACUGCAAUUUUUGUUUCUUCAGCACCAUUCAAUAUUUUCCAACCAUACAUAAUAGCAGAAAUAAAAAACA